AUGUCUAGCGUUACUACCGAUCCAAGGAAAUUGAAAGAGUCAAAUAAACUACUGGAAGUAAUUACAACAGGUUUUGUCUUAGACGAAAAAGAAGAGGAUGAAAUCAAGAAUGUGGAGGAUCCUUACUUAAAGAUGUUUGGGCAAGCUCCGGCAAUUGAUGUAUUAAGAAACUCCGAAAGAACCAUUUUCAAUGCAUAUGAAUACGCAGAAUUCUAUUGUCCUGAAUUAUUCGGUUUCAAAAGUCUAAAGCCAUUUAGAAAUUAUAAAGGCUUAGUCAAGGAGACCAAAAAUGAUGAAAAUAGAAAUGAUAGUUAUAAGGACUCAGGUAAAUUCUUUAGUAGAAGUACUGGAAUGGAAAAAUAUGUUUAUGGUGAAGAUCCAAUUAAAUUUGUACAACAAUUUUUACGGGAAUACCAGAAAAGGAAUAUUCUAGAAAAUAAACCUACUAUUUAUACUACUUUUAGAAGGCUGUUACCAGCAAAAUUAACUGUCAUGUGUGCUGCUUCAGAUGCUAAGGAAGAUCCAGAUGCGUUGAUUGAACAAUUUGUUUUAACAGAUGUAUUAUGGAAUCGAUUGGUUAAGAACGCCAUUGACACUCUAAAACUAUUGGAUGACAACCUAAUCAUCGCUGAAAGAAUCAGUCAAUCUAAGGUAUUUUUAGAAACAGCUUCAUGGGUUAAGACCAAAGAGAUUAAGGAAUAUGAUGCCUUUAUUAUCUUUAUCAAACAGUCGUGCCAGGGAGUUUAA